GUGGCGUGAUCAUUCGAACUGAAGUCACUCUUUCACUCAGUCACCGCUUCUUUCUUUCUCUCUCUCUAACAGAAACACAUAACACCAGGCGCAACACUGACCAGUGAUGUCAACUUUGGGGAAGGAUAAAAAAUCCCAAUUAAAGCAUCGAUUCCAUCCACAUUCUCAUUCUCUUUCUCAAUCCUUUUCCCAUUCCAUACUCCCUAACCCACCCCAGUUGACUCAAACAUGUGCAAUCAAUAGUUUCAACUUCAAUAAUCAUAAUCACAAUCACACAAGUAAUCAUCGUCAACUACCUCCUACUUUCUACAAUCAAACUCAGCCUCCCAUUAGGGCAGAGAAUCAAACCACCAAGUCAAAACUUUCCAGAUAUACAAAACAUGCCACUCACGAACCUAAUGCUACUGAAGCUCCUCAUUUGGCUGCAGUUAACAACUGUCGUUAUGACAGUUCCUUAGGGUUGUUAACCAAGAAAUUUGUCUGCUUGAUUGAAGCGGCUGACUAUGGUACCUUGGAUUUAAAUAAAACUGCUGAGACCUUGGAGGUUCAAAAACGAAGAAUUUAUGAUAUUACAAAUGUUCUCGAAGGAAUAGGAUUGAUAGAGAAGACUUCAAAGAAUCAUAUACGGUGGAAGGGAUGUAAUGGACAUGGACCCCAAGAACUGGAUUAUCAACUCAAAAGACUUAAGACUGAAGUUGAAAGUCUGUAUGCUGAAGAAUCUGCACUUGAUGAUUGUAUAAGGCAAAAGCAAGAGCUAAUAAAAAACCUGGAGGAAAAUGAAAAUUCUCAAAGGUACCUUUUCCUGACAAAUGAAGAUAUUCUUAACCUUCCAUGCUUCCAGAACCAAGAGCUUAUUGCAAUCAAGGCUCCGAAAGUUAGUGUUGUCGAGGUUCCCGAUCCUGAUCAGGAGUUAGGUUUCCGGCAUUACAAAAUGACUGUUAGAAGUGCAACUGGACCAAUAUAUAUAUACCUAUUGAGCAAGAAAGGCCUUAAGUGUAAGGGUGAUACUAUCGAGCAGGUGAAGCUAAUAGAUCCAUCAUGGAAUGGUAAUCACUGCAAAAUGAGGGACAUGAUAUUAUCAGAAAGCGAGGCUGAUCUAAAAAAUCCUUGUGAGGUUUUAACAUCCCCAGGCUCAGAGGCAUUUGGAAUCCAAGAAAUUACUCCUAUGGAAUUUAAAAUGGAUGAUGACUAUUGGUUUGAAUCAGAUGCUGGAGUGACCCUAACAGAUUUGUGGGUUAACAAUAACUUCUAACAGAAGCAAUCAUCAGUAUGUAAAUACAAGCUGCUGCUAACUUUUGAGAUGACACAAACGGCAAUGGCUAGCAAUUUAAACUGUAAAUGUUAGGCCUUUUUUGUUACUCCCUCCCUUUCUCAGCUGUUGCCUUGGCAGUAUAAGUAUGCAGAUCGAAGAGAUAAGCUGUUUGGUUGAUUUUUUGCAUAGAUGUGGCAGAGUUUAGCCAUAAAGUAUAAACCAACUCCGGUUUUGGAUAUUAGAUAUUUUUGCAGAAGCUAUACUAAUGAUGUUGAUGUAUGGAAAUAACACCCUUUGUGCAUGAAAGCAACACCAAAUUGGUAGGUAGAGUAUUGCAUCCGACAUGUAUUGAGUAGAAACGUUUUUUGUUUUUUGGCAUGGAGCAGAAAUGAGUUAACUCGUGGAAAUUAUCAAAUUCCACUAUUGAUGAGGUAUUUUUUGCGGCCCAGGAUCUGGGUGACCUUUCUAUACAAUAGUGAAAUUCUAUGCAAGACUUAGU